CUAUUGUACAUCUCCACUACAUUUUUUUAACGGAUUAUACAUUUUGCAACUGAAGAAAUUAAUUGGAACCGGUCUCUCGGCUACUUUGAUUAACUUAAUCAGCUAAUCAUUUCAUUGACGAAUUGAUUAAUUGAAUUAGUCAUUUAGCAGAUUUAAUCAGAAUUGACCAGUCACGCGACCGAUUCACGCACUUAAUCGGCCGACUUAGCUUAAUAGGAAACGGUGAGAAACCGGCCCUCGACCUAUUCUAAACGUGAACGGACUCGGCUAUUCAGGCGGUUCAAAGUUUCCCGCGCCACGUGCGGACGGAAUCUUGGCGUGGGAGUAGCGUGACGUAUGCGACACGCGAUUGGCGUGCAUGCGGUAUUUCCCCACUUUGUCACCGACAAGGCCGUUCUACGAAUCCCAGUGCUUUCGUAUGAAGUAACGCAAGGAAAACCCAUCAGAGAACAUAACAGCGCCGGGGUCGGAGUGUGUGUCGCCGCUGGUUGCCGCACGGCUUUGUCGCAUUUCACUGCCUCGCGAGGGGUCGGGAAUCGCAUCGCGCCGAGAACAACGCGUGUCGUGUGAGACGUCGCGUACAUCCCGACGUUUUUUCUCUCUCUCUUUCUCUCUCUCUCUCUCUCUCUCUCUCUCUCUUUCUAUCCGCCGACCGUCACCGACGCCCGUGACCAACACCUUGGACAAGUGUUUCGCACGCGAGACAACGACGACAACGACGGAAGCAACGAUGUCGGCGAUCUUCGACAUCGAGCUGCAGGACGCAGGUUUGCUCCACCGAGACGAGUCCGACGACGACGAUGCCAUCGAAAUCGGCACGGACGAAUGCGACGCCGAUCCGAACGUGAAUGAUGUAGUAACCUUGUCCAGCAGCUCCGAAUCUGUGGAGACGGUGACCAUAUCCGAACAUAAUGUGAAUCGCGAACGCGAGCGGGUCGGGCCACAGGAUUUCGAGUUAUGCAACGUUAUCGGGAAAGGCGGUUACGGCAAGGUUUUCCAGGUGCGCAAGAUAACGGGCAGUGACAGCGGGACCUUUUUUGCUAUGAAGGUGUUACGCAAGGCUUCGAUUGUGAGAAAUCAAAAAGACACAGCUCACACCAAAGCUGAACGAAAUAUUCUGGAAUCUGUAAAGCAUCCUUUUAUCGUAGAUCUCAAAUACGCUUUUCAAACUGGUCAUAAAUUAUAUUUGAUACUGGAAUACAUGUGUGGGGGCGAGCUGUUUAGACAUUUGAAUGAUGAGGGUAUCUUUAUGGAAGAUACCGCACGCUUUUACUUGUGUGAAAUCACAUUAGCUUUGCAGCAUCUUCAUUUGCAAGGAAUUAUAUACAGAGACUUGAAACCAGAAAAUAUUCUGUUGGAUGCAGAGGGACAUAUUAAGCUAACUGAUUUUGGAUUAUGUAAGGAGCAUAUACAAGAGGGUGCUGUUACACAUACAUUCUGCGGGACUAUCGAAUAUAUGGCGCCUGAAAUCUUAACGAGAAGCGGCCAUGGAAAAGCAGUGGAUUGGUGGAGUAUGGGAAGUUUAUUAUAUGACAUGCUUACAGGAUCUCCGCCAUUUACCUCAGACAAUAGAAAAAGAACUAUUGACAAGAUCCUGCGUGGAAAACUGAAUCUUCCUCUAUAUCUCACACCUGACGCUAGAGACCUUGUUCGGAAACUACUCAAGAGACAAGUUGCACAAAGACUAGGAUCUAGCUCGUCAGAUGGAGAACAAGUAAAAGCUCACCGAUUUUUCAAGCACAUCAAUUGGAACGACGUUCUCUCGAGAAAAUUGGAACCGCCGUUCAAACCAAAACUAUCUAGCGAGGACGACGUCUCGCAAUUUGAUAAAAAGUUUACUUCCUCAGCGCCAAUAGAUUCUCCAGUGGAUUGCACAUUGAGCGAAUCAGUCGACGGAGUGUUCCAAGGAUUCACAUACGUAGCACCAAGUAUAUUAGAAGAAGAUAUGUUCUCGCAACAACAAUGUUAUCUGACCACCAUGUCGCAGCCACGAGUCAUAAAAGCUAGAAGUCCUCGUAAGGCGAUGCGUGGCUUCUAUCUUCACACAAUACAAAGUCACAGGCCACACAAUGGAGUUGACCACAGCAACAUGGAAGAUACAGAAAUGAUUGAAUUAGGCUAACCAUUACUGUUGAACUAGUAAAUGAUUUUGCUUAACUGCUGAAUAUUCAUGAUCCUCAGGGACGGGUUUUAUAUUUUAGAAUUAUUAAAUAGAAAAUGUGGGGGGGAAGGGGCGGGAGAUCCAUUAUUACUUUACUGGAUAUUCAGCAGUUACACAUUUAGCUAAUCUCUUUUUUUAUAUAGUCUACAUUUAUAUGAUAUAUAUAUAUAUAUACACACAUUACGUAUGUGUGUAUGUGUGUGUAUGCGUGGGUGCGCACGUAUGUGUGUGUAUAUAUGUAUUGUAUAAAACUAUCAAUAUUGUAUCGUUUAACGGCGACACAGCAGUUAUCUGGUAGCGCCUGGUGGCAUAAUUGCAAUUCUGAUAGAUUUAAGAAUAAUCUGCCAGAAAGUAUACAUCGUUUUAUUGUCAGAUUAUAGGGUGAGAGUCGCUUGGCUGACAAUUAACUUUUGAGAGUCAUUUACAUUUAUAUUUAUAUCAUUUUAAGUAGUAAUGUGAUAAGUAGAUAUAAUGAUUGUUUCAAUUCUCUUUGUGAGACAUGAAAUUUUAAUGAAAAUUUUGCUUUGGGUUACUUAUAGCCAAACCGUUGUGAACAUAAGUUUUUCACCACACAAUUAGAAACUUAUGUUCUCAACAUAUCUCGUAUUACUUUUUUUUCUUGUUGCUCAUGUUAUUUACGUGUUGUGGCGUAAUUAAACUGAAUUUGCGCAAUUCAAAAGUAAAACAUGAUAAUUUGAUCGAUUUGUGAGACGCCACACGUAUUUAAUCAUUCAAAAAAAAAAAAAAACAAAAAAAAAAAAAACUAAAUAACUUAAUCAUAUUUUACGUAGAAAAAAAUUUAUAUGCAGCGUGCGUUUGUAAUGGAUUUAUUUUUUAUCUGAUUACAAAAAGAGAACAACUUGCCAAUGCCAUUCGCUCUCUCUACAAUGAAGAGAGCAUCGGAAGAAAAAGAUGCUACCACAGCCGCUUCGCCGCUGAAAUUUCGUUCCGUGUAUACCUUGGUAUCUGUCUACGAACGAUUGUAUGUAUUUUCAGCAGUAAUAACGUUUCCAUGGCAAUAAUGUAAUGAAAUAGAAGAGUUGGCCUAAAACUAAAAUAAUAAACUCUAGAAACGAAUUGUAUAACACACGUCACAGCUAUUAUGGAGCUACAGUGUGAAGUCGCAUUUAUAAAUAAUGAAAGUUCCUACACAUUGCAAGUUUGAUUGCAACAUAGUUUAUUUUCUAUCUAUCGCCACGAAAAGAAACAUUUUGUUGAAAUGAUUGCACAUAUCAAUUCUCUUGGAAUGAGAAGGACUGUUGUCGCGCUCUCUGUAACUCGAUUACAGCGCGCGCGCGCGCGCGAAAAAUAAUUUAUACAAACGGAGACUUCACGUACGUACAUAUACACGUACGUACGCAUACACACGUAUACAUAUGUACAUACAUACAUAUGUAUGUAUAGAGAGCUUCCGCACUCUCUGACUAUUAUCGGCAAACUUCGAAGAUCAUUUGGAAACAAAUAUUAUUCUCCGAUAAUGUCCCUGAAAAAAAAACCACCAGCAUAAUACGAAAAAUCGAUAUUUCAAAAAGUGUCUUCAAAUAAUUUCGACAAUUUGCUGAAAUAAUAGCGAGUGCACACAUAUAGAUUUUUUUGAAAAAUAUUAUGUACAAUAAUCUCUUAAAUGUGCCUCUUUUUUUUUUAGUUUCAAGAGUUGAAAAAAAAAAAGAAAAACACGAGAGGUUGUUCUCAUUGCAAAGUAAUUGAUGUUAAAUAUUCGUCGAGGAACGAUGAUUGUCUAGCAUUUUGUACUGAGGCGAAACAAAUAAAUAAGCUUAAUUUUGAGACAAUUACAUUUUUUGAACUGACAUUUGGUACAUAUACAGUUUUACAACGUCGGAAUAAAAAAAAAAAAUAAAAUAAAAUAAAAAAAUAAAAAAACUGUCGAAGGGACGCGGAGCGGUCGACGCGUGUUCAUUGUGGAAAUAUCGUUAUACACAGUUCGAUAUAUUUUGUGUGAGAGGUAUUUUUGUUACACACACAUAUGUGUACAUAUAUAUACACACACACAGUUUGAAUCAUUGCUAAGUCAGAACGAAAUACACACACCAAGUUACCAUGGUAACAAUGUUACUGCGAAGCACGACUUUUCCAUAUUUAAACUUCGUAAGUAAUUCGUACUUGCUUUUUUUUUUAAGUUGCAGACGUUAGUGCGUAAUUUAUUGUCGAGUGCACGCAUAUGUAUAUGUAUUGCAUUAUACAUAUUGCGCACCGCGCAUUGAGUUCUUACUCGCAGACAAAAAAAAAAAAUAAGA